AUGGCGCGAGGGCCGUCGGGGUGCGGGCGCUGGCACGAGACGCCGCCGCGGCCGCCGGGGCCACGAGCCCACGAGCGCCGGCGCUCGCUGACCGCCGGAGCCACGAGCGCCGCCGCGGCUGUCCGGGGCCAGCGAGCGUCGCCGCGGCCACCGGGGCUAGCAAGCUGGCUCUACCGCGGGGCGAGGAUGCGGAUACGGCUGUCGCUUGGACGCCGCGGAAUCUUGCAGGGCGCGCGGGGAUCUCCGUAUCACGAAGAACGGAAGGAGACAAGGAACAAGUUUUGCGUCCAGUUCUAUUCAUUUGAGAACUUGUAUUUCUUUGGCCAUAUGGAUAAUCUGGAUAAAAUUGCGAUUAGAUUUCACUUUGGUGAGGCUUUUGACAACGUCGAUGGGUUGUUGUUAUAUGUGGGUGGAGAUAUUGCUAAAUCUUGGAUUGAUGAGGACAAGCUUUCGUUUUUUGAGAUGGAGGCUCCUAGCUGA